GGGUCGGCCGGCCGGAGGUGGCUUUUUCCCGGCCAGGAUGGGGAAUAUCACCCUCUCCCUUUGUAGGAGAAGACUCCUCCCCAGCUAGCUACACACCCCUAUAGCUACCUAGAGAGAGAAAGAAAGAAAGAGAAAAGAAGCAAAGCCAAAAGAGAGAGAGAGAGAGAGAGAGAGUAAAGAGCAUAUGAGCUCAGGCUAGCUUGAAUUGAUGAAGUGAUCAAGGGCAACGGCCGGCGAGGAAGAGAAGAGGAGGGAGGGUCUCCCUGCUCGUCGCGAGGAACCCUAUUCCUUGUUCUUGAAUCUGCCCGUCCCUCUCCAAUCGGGCAGGAGGAGAGAGAGAGAGAGAAUUAAUUCUUCGAGAGAGAUCUAGAGAGAGAGAGAGAGAGAGAGAGAGAGAGAGAGGGUGUAGGCCGGGUAGGAUAAUGUUCCCGGGCUCGAAGAAGGGCGGCGGCGCCGCCGUGAGCUCGAAUGACGGCAGGGCGGCGGCGGCGGCCGCCGCCAUGUGCGUGCAGGGCGACUCCGGGCUCGUCCUCACCACCGACCCCAAGCCCCGCCUCCGGUGGACGGUGGAGCUCCACGAGCGCUUCGUCGACGCCGUCACGCAGCUCGGCGGCCCCGACAAGGCGACGCCCAAGACGAUCAUGAGGGUGAUGGGUGUGAAGGGACUCACCCUCUACCACCUCAAGAGCCAUCUCCAGAAAUUCAGGUUAGGGAAGCAACCACACAAGGAGUUCAGCGACCACUCAGUCAAGGAAGCCGCGGCAAUGGAGAUGCAAAGGAACGCGGCAUCUUCUUCAGGCAUAAUGGGCAGAAGCAUGAACCAUGACCGCAACGUGAACGAUGCCAUCAGAAUGCAGAUGGAGGUGCAAAGAAGGCUACAUGAGCAGCUGGAGGUGCAGAAGCACCUGCAGAUGAGGAUCGAAGCGCAGGGGAAGUACAUGCAAUCCAUCCUGGAGAAAGCUUACCAGACGCUCGCCGCCGGCGAUGUCGCGGCGUGCCCGGCGGCGGGGUACAAGUCCCUAGGCAACCAGGCGAUGCUCGACGUGUGCUCCAUGGGGUUCCCGUCGCUGCAAGACCUGCACAUGUACGGCGGCGGCCACAUCGACCUGCAGCAGCAGCAGAUGGACCAAAGGACGGCGACAAUGGAGAGCUUCUUCGCGUGCAGCGACGGCGGCAGCAUCGGCUCGCUGGGGAAGACGAGGAGGGCCAGCCCGUACGGCGCCACCGGGAAGAGCCCGAUGAUGUGGGGCGGCGGCGGCGACGACGUGGACGACGACGAUGACGACCCGGCAGGCAAGAGCGGCCAGCUUCAGAUGGCGCCGCCCCCGAUGAUGGACGGCGGCAUCGACGUCAUGGACUCCAUCGCCGCCGACGUCUACGAGCCGAAGCCGAUCAUGUCCGGCGACUCGACGGGGAGCAAGGGCGGCUGCGGCUACGACGCGCCGCCGGUGUCCAAGCUGGAGAGGCCGUCGCCGCGGCGGCCGCAGCAGCUGGGAGGAGGAGGAGGCAGCCCGUCGGUGAUGGGAGCUCAGACGAGGAACCUAUCCUACGGGUAAUUAAUUAAUUAAGUAAAGUUAAUUGAUAAUUAUAUCAGUUAAUCACUUCAGAAAAAAUUAAUUAAUUGACUCGUGAUCGAUCGAACUGUGGCUAAAUAAGUUUUACAGCUUCGAGUUCGUGCAUGGAAUCAAUGGGCAAUAUUAAUUAUAAUAGCAACAGGUUAAUUACGUACUUAUAUUAAUUAAUGCGGCAUUAAUCAGGAUGAUCUUUGUGGGUAUAGUGGUGCAUCGAUCGAUCAUCAUGUGCUUUAUGAUGAAUGAUGAUGAUGCAGCUCAAAUUCUAAUUAAGAUUAUCUAUUUUGGGGAUGCGUGUAAGUUCUAUGUAAUUGUAAUUGUGUUUGUGUUAUGGUUUCGUGGGUGUAAAUGUGUAACUUAAUUUGGCAUUCUUGCAUGCUGAAGAAACUAGCUUUCGUUGAUCUGAGGCAUGCAUGCAUGUAUAUCAUAUCGAUCCAUCAAAAAACACAUGUUAAUUAAUGGAACUUUCAAGGUGAUACU